CGACAAAACAAGACCUCUCGUGCGCACCUGAGCCCCUCGAUCCGCCAUCGUCUGCCGUUGUCCUGCCCUGUUGGGAGCGUUGAAGCUGCGCUGGACCGACGCCUCGAGCCCGCAAUUGCGCCACGGCCUCGCCCCGCCAGCCGCCCAGUUCGCCCCACGUGAGGGCUCCCCGGCGCAUCCUGUGGCCCUCAGCGCGCAGCAUAGUCAGAAGUACCAGAACAUUGCAUCCCAGGCCGACGGCGAGCCCUGCCUGCCGCUGCAUACACAACACGUCCCGUGCGAUUCGCCGCGCACCCGUCCCGUGAUCCCGUCAUCCGCCUAUCCCUAGGUACCCGCGCAGCAGAUGCUGCACGUCGACCCGCGCCUGGCCGAGGUUCCAGGCAGCUCCACGGUCCAACUAGAAAGCCUCGCCCGCAGCAUUGACGAGAAGAAGCAGCGCCUCGAGGCCGACAUCAAUGCCUACAUAAAGCAGAAGCAGCACGAGCUGCACGUGUUCCAGCACGAGCUCAUUGCACAGUACCGCGAAAUGGAAUGCGGCGAGACAAACGACGCCGCGAACAGGUCCGACCGCCAUGCCGACUCACACAACACACCAGCGCCUGCAGAAAACCCUCUUCCCUCGCCCGCUCAGUCCCCCGAGCUGACCCCGGAGUCGAAGCGGGAGGAGAAGGCGAAGCGGACAAAGGUACACAAGCGGGAGAAGGAGCUGUUCGGGCUCGUGACGCCCAUCUUCUUGCCUCUUCUCGACGCCGGCGAGACCUCCAAAGACAAGGAGAAGAAGAAGCGCCAUAAGAAGAAAGAGCCGGCUGACGGCAGCUCACCUCCGAAGCAGGCAAAAUCAUCAUCCUCCUCCACAUCUUCAUCGUCGUCGGGAUAUGCCGCAGACACUCAGGGCGAGUCCGGACCAUCGAGUAAAAGCAGCGAGAGAAUGGAAAUUCAAAAUGGCAGCAGUAGCUGGGAGCCGCAGAAGGAGAACCAAACCCCGGAGAGUGUGAAGAAAUCGAAGCGCCCGGCCAUCAAGAAAUCCUCGCUGCGAAACAGCGGCGAGAAACGCCGAAGAAAGCGCGUCAGCAUAGUCAUAGAUGGCCAGACCGUCCUCCCAGCGGACCAAAUCGCGGAGCCGCAGCUCAUGUCCCCCAGCGAGACGACCGCAUCCAGCGCCUCCAACUCGACCGCCUCUCUCGAAGACACAAUAGACCCACGCCUCAUCGGCGGCGAUGUCCCACUUGUCCACUCCCCCAACGACGCCGUGCACCACAGCCUCAACCUCCCAGCGCGUCUCCCCAGCAACUCGCCCACCGGCCACACCGGACAUACCCUCCCCGACUCACCCCACCACUCACCAAUAUCCCAAUCACCCCCGUCACACGCACACCUCGAAUACGAACCCCCACAGUUCACCACACGAACCUAUCUCGACCCCUCUCCGCCAAGCGACCCGACCACCAUCCCGCGCCACGCCUCGGCAGCACCCAUCUACGCCAACGAGCCCGAAGUCGCCAAUGAACAAGAAGAAGAGUUCAGCACGUACGUCGGCGGCAUCUCCGGCUCAGGCGUCGACGACCUCGACCAGACGGGCAGCCUGGGAUACCCCAGCAGUCUGGGCGCGAGCUACAUGGAGAGUUACAUGCAGAGCCGGCCGCUGAGCGUGCGGAUGGCGGCGGCGGAGAAGGCGGGGAUGAGUGAGGCGGAGCGGAGGAGGCUGGUGAAUGGGCGGGAGAGGGAGCGGGAGGAGCAAGAAAGAGUGAGAGAGGAGCAGAGGAGGCAGGAACGGAGGGAUGAUGAUGAUAUGGAUAUUAUUGGGAGUAUGGAGGACUUUUGAGCGAUUGUGAGUGGAGGUGGACCUUUACACCAAGAGUCAAGAUGAAUCGAAUCGACCAAGAAAACGCUGCGCUACCAGGCGUAGAGCGACUACCCAGGGGGCACGACAGAGAAGAAAAGGAAAAACUGGUACAUGACUGGGUGGCUUUCUGUGCUACAUUGUGCUUUUGUGCAUAUGCGUGGGUUUGGGUGGACUCUUUCUGAUACGUGUAUGCUUUCGCAGCACUUUUCCGUCACGCGCCGUUUUGCGUUUGCGCAUGUACAUAGCAGAUUGAGAGAAGAGCAAGGAGAAAUGAGGAAUGAUAAUACGUUACGUCGAG